AUGGCUGUUGAAGAACCACAAACAUCUCUUAUGAUGGAGAAGCCACCUGUCGGGACAGCCUCCUCAGAUGAAGGGUCUGAAAAGGCGAUCGAGGUCAAAAGGCGCCCCGAACGUGAACCUGGCUUCAAGGAUUACGUUCGUGUCUUUUCGUACGCCACAAAAUGGGACAUCGUCAUUUACUUCUUCGCGUCUAUCGCGUCCAUCGGCGCCGGGACUACACUACCCCUAAUGAACAUCGUAUUUGGGAGCCUCGCUGGGCAGUUUACCGAUUACUUCAUGGACCCCCCUCGCAUGACCCGGCCCGAGUUCGAGGACUUGCUAGACCAGUUGUCUCUUUAUAUCUUGGGUCUGUUUCUUGGCCGCUUCAUCCUCAACUGCAUCAACAAGUUUUGCUUCCGUAUGAUCGGCGUCCGACUGUCUUCCGCCAUCCGCCUGCAUUAUAUCCAGUCUCUCUUUGGCCAGUCUGUCCAUGUGCUCGACUCAAUGCCGUCCGGUUCUGCCGCGAGCACCAUCACCGGCACCGCGAACACCCUCCAGAUCGGCAUCUCCGAAAAGCUUGGCACCUUCAUGGAGUUCAAUGGCACCAUCUGGUGCGCUAUCGUCGUCGCCUUUGUCUGGAGCUGGAAACUGACCCUGGUGACCUUUUCAAUCGUCGUCUUUAUCCUGAUCGUUGUCAGCAUCUUCUUGCCCUUUAUUGUUCGGCUGCAGGAUCAACAGGCAAAGGCCGAGGCCAAGGCUAAUGGCGUUGCCAGCGAGUCUUUCAGCAGUAUCCGUAUGCUGACCGCCUGCGGCGCGCAGAAGAGCAUGAGCGCUCGCUAUGCCAAAUGGGUGGAUGACGCCCGUGCCAAAGGUCAGCGGAUGGCGCCUUUGCUCGCCCUCCAAUUUGGACUCAUCUUCUUUGGUACGUACGCUGUCUUCGGCCUCAGCUUUUGGUUUGGAACCAAACAAUUCGCCGAUGGUGAGAUGACCAAUCCUGGCACCACCAUUGUCGUUCUCAUGUCCGUCAUGAUGAUCGUCAUGUCUGUCGAGCGAAUCGCGAACCCCCUAAUGGCCGUCUCCAGAGCCAUGGUGGCUGCCUGCGAGUUCUUUGCCGUUAUUGACGCUCCUCGACCCGAUACUGGUCAUCUAAAGGAGCCAGAUGUCGUUGCGACAAACGACAUCAUCUUCAAAGACGUCACUUUUGCGUACCCCAGCCGGCCACACGUUAAGAUCCUGGACGGUCUGAACCUCACCAUUGAGGCGGGCAAGAACACCGCAAUCGUUGGCCCCUCCGGCUCUGGCAAGAGUACGGUUGUCGGCCUGGUCGAGAGGUGGUAUGACUUGCGGGAACAGUAUGUCAUUGAAAAGACGCUGGGGGUGGAGAAGAUAAAUGGAACCGAGGAACAGAACAAAAAGAAAAAACGCGACAAAAAGAAUAGCAAGGAAAAACAAGGAGCUGAGAUCGAACCGGUCGACGAUGAAGAGGUUGGUGUCACUGAGGAGAGCCAGCUUGUUGUGCCACUGUCCGGUAGUAUCACCACCGGCGGGAAAUUGGUCACUGAUAUCGACCUCAAGUGGUGGCGCUCUCAAAUUGGGCUUGUCCAGCAAGAACCGUUUUUGUUCAACGAUACCAUCUUCCGCAACGUCGCAUACGGUUUGAUUGGAUCGGAAUUUGAAGACUCGUCCGAGGAGGAAAAGAGACAACUCGUCAAGGAGGCUUGCCAUGAAGCGUUUGCUGACGAAUUCAUCGACCGCCUCCCUGACGGUUACGACACUGCCGUCGGCGAUGGCGGCGCCAAGCUCUCUGGAGGCCAGCGCCAGCGCAUCGCCAUUGCGAGGAGCAUUGUUAGGAAGCCAAAGAUCAUAAUCCUAGACGAGGCCACCAGCGCCAUUGAUGUCCGUGGAGAGAAGAUCGUGCAAGCCGCCCUCGACCGGGUUGCCAAAAACAGAACCACAAUCACCAUUGCCCACCGUUUGUCGACCAUAAGGAAGGCGGACAAAAUCGUCGUCCUACGGAAAGGGCAGGUCGUUGAGUCCGGGACACACGACAGUCUUCUCCAAAAUCAAUCCGGCGCGUAUUCCAGUCUGGUUCUCGCACAGAAAUUGUCGCUGGGUCAGCCAACCGAGGUUGAUGAUGUGACCAGUGGGGAAGAUGCCUCAGAUCUGGAAGUGGCUGUGGCAAAAACGAGGAGCGCCGACGCGGUAGAUGACAAUGAAGAGAGUCAACAGACCAGUUCCAAGAGUCCAAACCUCUUCUACAGUUUCUUCAAGCUUCUUUCAGAGCAGAAAAACCGUUGGGUCUACCUGGCCAUCGCCUUCUUCGCAGCCUGUUCUGCAGCCGGCACUCCGCUGAUGGCCUGGCUCUUUGCCCAGAUUUUUCAAGUAUUCACCUUCGUCGAUAUAGAAACGAUCCGGUCGGACGGUCGGUUCUGGUCGCUGAUGUGGGUGGUUCUCGCUGUGGGCGUCGGCCUUGGCUACUUCUUCCAGGGUGUCAUUGCCGUCCACAUGCAACACAACAUCAGCGCCAUUUACAAGAAAGAAUAUUUCGAAUCCAUCCUCUUUCAGAAAACGGCUUUCUUCGACGAUGACGAGAACUCUCACGGUACCCUUGUCGCGCGUGUCGCCGGCGAUCCUAAGCAGCUUGAGGAACUUUUAGGACUUAACAUGGCAUUCCUGCUCAUGGCCGUGUUCAACAUUGCGGGAGCCCUUGCUAUCGCUUACGCAUUUGGGUGGAAACUAGCCUUGGUCGCCACGUUCGUCACGAUGCCUGUCGGCCUGUUUGCCGGGUACUGGAGAUUCAAGUAUGAGCUUGAAUUCGAAAAGAUGAACGCUGCCGUGUUUGCAGAGAGCUCCAAAUUCGCCGCCGAGGCUAUUGGUGCUUUUAGGACCGUCUCUUCCCUUACGAUGGAGAACGUUAUCCAUUCUAGGUAUGACAAGUUGCUGCGGACUCAUGUAUACGAGGCCUACAAGAAAGCCCGGUGGACCAGCCUGCUGUUCGGUUUUGCUGAUAGCGUCAACUUGGGCUGUCAAGGUCUCAUCUUUUGGUAUGGUGGCCGUCUUUUGGCGAGCCGUGAGUAUGGCAUUGUAGACUUCUUUGUCUGCUUUAUGGCCGUUGUCCAGGGCGCCGAAGCGGCCGGCCAGGGUCUCAGCUAUGGUCCCAAUGCUGCACAGGCUUCAGCUGCCGCGAAUCGCAUCAUCAGUCUGCGUAACACGAGCAAACAGAACAGCCAAGAAACAACGGAGCAAAUUCCUGACACGGAAGGCGGCAUCAAGAUCGAGUUGAAGAAUGCCCACUUCCGCUAUCCCACCCGCGAUACUCCCGUCUUCACAGGAAUUGACUUGACCAUUAACAAGGGUCAAUUUGCGGCCCUCGUAGGUCCUUCGGGGUGUGGUAAGACGUCUGUCAUCUCUCUCCUUGAGCGAUUCUAUAGCCUUGACAAAGGCGACAUUUUCUGCAAUGGCAAGAGCAUCUAUAGCCUCGAUGCCAAUCAGUAUCGUAAGCACAUUUCUCUUGUUGCUCAAGAGCCAUAUAUGUUCCAGGGCACAAUUCGCGAAAACAUCUGUCUUGGUGUUGAUGCAGAGACCAUUUCGGAUGAGCGGUUGCACCAGAUCUGCCGCGACGCCUCUAUCCACGAUUUCAUCGUCUCUCUGCCCGAUGGAUACAACACCGAUAUCGGCUCCAAAGGGUUCUCUCUGUCUGGUGGUCAGAAGCAACGAAUUUCUAUCGCACGCGCCCUUAUACGCGACCCAAAGAUCCUCCUGCUGGACGAGGCGACCUCAUCGCUCGACUCAGAGUCGGAAAAAUUGGUCCAAGCAGCGUUUGAGCGUGCUAGCAAGGGCCGUACCAUGAUAUGCGUCGCGCAUAGGCUGGCAACGGUUCAGAAUGCCGACAUCAUCUUUGUUCUUGGCGAGGGCAAGGUACUGGAGAAGGGCACGCAUCAUGAGUUGUUGAAGAUGCAAGGCGUGUACUGGCAUAUGGUGAGUUUGACACUGAAAUGCACGCUACACCAAGCCCAUAUUCAUUGCUGA